AUGCGUGGCCUCGUUAUGAAAGCGCUUUACUUUGCACUUGCAACCAGUCUUGCCAUCGCUGACUCAACUCUAGACGGCAGCAAAUGCAACCUAACAGUCCCGAGCGAUGCUGUCUACCUGACUGCGAGCGCCACUACAGAUGAGAGAGUGAAUGACCUGCUGGACUAUAUGUGCUGGUCAGAAAAGAUCGCCCAGCUCACUGGUAUUGGCGGUCUACUCGGUUCCAAUGUUACAUACAAUACAACCCUGUAUGACCAGCUCUCAUCGAUACAUCAAGGUUCAAUCUCCCCUGGAAGCUAUUUGAACUACGCAUCUGAUGCUGUACCCGUUAUCAAAGAUGUUAUUGAAGAGUUUACCAAUAAUUCACGGCUUCAUAUUCCCUAUGUCAAUAUUGCAGACUCGGUCAAUGGUGUAACGCUCCUCGGCACUACAUUCUUUCCUGCGACGAUAUCCAUGUCCAUGUCCUGGAACCUGGAUCUUUUCAAGCAAGCUGUUACAGCCAUCCGAGAUGAGAUGGUCGCCUGCGGGAUCAAUUGGGUUUUGUCACCGGAUCUAGACCCCGCAAGAGAUCCUAGACACGGCAGAGUUGGCGAAACUUACGGUGAAGAUGCCUUUCUGAAUGGAGAAUACGGCAUCACCUAUGUUGAGACGAUGCAAGAGAGCGACGAGAACUCAUUUAUGAAAAUUGCGACUACUGUCAAGCACUUUCUAUAUCCGACAUCAGUUGGUGGCAUCAACUCUGGCAGCAUCGAUACGGGCAUCAACAACAUAUUCAAUGUCCUUGCCUACCCUUACAUUCGCGUCUUUCGGAAGACCACCCCAGCCUCUCUCAUGCCUUCGUACGCCUCAAUCGAUCGGGUUCCUUCCCACGCGAACAAGGGGCUCCUGCAGGACAUUCUCCGAGAUACUCUUGGUUUCAAAGGCGUCAUCCUUUCCGAUGCAGAUGGAGUCAGUGGCAUUUACAACCAACACAAGAUUGGACAGGAUGUUUACGACGCCGGCGCUCGUGCUCUCGAGGCUGGGGUGCAAUCAGUGCUCGCAAUACAAUUCCCUACAGGCUUUGAAGAGGUCAUCAACACCCCAAGCCUCGCACCACAGGUCAAUGAGGCCGUCACCAAUCUCCUGAGGCUCAAAUUCACGCUUGGACUGUUCGAUAAGAGCUUUCCAGAUCAGGCUCAAUUGAACUCGACAUUGAGAUCUGAUGAGCAUCUCGCAAUCGCGCAGAACAUGAGCAGAGAAUCGAUUGUCCUGCUAAAGAAUGAUGGCCUUUUGCCGCUCCCAUCAACAACCUCGAAUGUUGCCGUCAUUGGACCACUAGGGGACAAGAUCAUUCCAGGAACAUACGCAGCCUGGACCAACGCCGACAACCACAACAAGACGUUUGUUGAUGCGCUUAAGGGCUGGCUAGGUGAAGAUCAAGUCAACUUUGUACCUGGCGUGCAAGUUUUGAGUUCGGAGAAUGCCGACAUUGCCAGUGCAGUGACGGCCGCAACAGCUGCAGAAAUUGUCAUUCUGACCCUCGGUGCCGCCACUGUAGGCUGGGACGAUCCUCUCCUGAGUCAAAAGACGGACGGGGAGGGCGCCACUCACGGCAGCUUGACCUUUCCGGGGCUGCAAGAAGACUUGUUGGCCCAGGUGCUGGCAGUCGGGAAACCUACCAUCCUCGUGAUCUCUGGAGGCCAGGCCUUCGAACUAUCAGGAACUGCACAGGGUGCGUCGGCGAUUGUGCACAGCUUCCUUGCCGGAGAGUACACUGGCCAGGCCGUGGUGGACAUCCUCAGAGGUCUCGUCAAUCCCAGCGGGAAGCUCACCAUCUCUUUCCCCAACGCUUCCCCGGUCAAUCCGAUAUACUAUGACCUGCUGCCAUCUGAUUGGUCCUCUACAGCCAUGAAUUGGCCGCAGCUUACCUUGCCAGCACUAUACCCAUUUGGCUUUGGUCUCAGCUAUACCAACUUUUCCAUAUCCUCACCAAGCGCUGACCAAGACGAGUACUCGCAAGAUGGUACCAUUACCGUAUCAUUCUCUAUCGAGAAUACCGGCGCAUUUGCUGGCAAACAAGUUGUGCAAGUGUACUUUGGCCAGAGUAGUGGCGCUUCCAUAGAAUUGCCAUCGAAGCGGCUGGUGGGUUUCACCAAGGUGGAUCUGCAACCUGGUGAACAGCGCACAGCGAGCAUCGCCAUCCCGGUCAUUGAAUUGGGUUAUUUCGUAAAUGGACAAUUCACGCUGGAUAAGACGAUAUAUACCCUGUACGUUGCUACUAGCUCAGCAUCGAGUGAUUUUGUAUCGGCGCUGAAUGUUACUCUUGUAUGA